CUUAACCACCACGCCACCAGCUGGCCCCUAGAUUUUGUUUUCGAGAGCUAAUUAUUAAACAUCUACAACCACACAGUGUUGUUUCCCCAUUCACUAGAGUGGACACUUCUUGAGAGUAAGAAUCUUCUUUUAUUCCAGAGCUUAGAAAAGCACUGGCUUGCAGCUCAAUUCAUGUGACAUGAAAGAUGAGCAGAUGUUAGGAACCCUGGUGCCAUGGGUUGACUGUCAAACCUUGAUUAAGUUUCUAGCUCCAACAUUUCCCAGCUGUGUGGCUUUGAGUAAAUGAUCCUCUGAACCUUGGCUUCGUUAAAAAAGAGGGGACAAUCCUCUUACCUCUCAGGGAGGUUGUGACAAUGUACACGGCUGCAUGUCACCUACCAUCCAUGUUUCUCCACAGAUGGGAGUCUCCUUCACACCCUCCACCCUCCACCUCUGCUGACACAUACUCCUUGGAGACCCAGCCCUGCUGCUGUCACACAUUUCAGUGAUGUCACAGCUCCCCUCUCUGGGAGCUGCAGCCGCACCACCUGCUACCCAGCCUGAGUGCUGGCUGAACUGAGAGGGGCAGGGCGCAGUGGUGCCUGGUACCAGUCUUGCUCCAUCUGUCCACACAGCCCCAGCAUGAGUCCAUCAGUAAAGAAGAGGCCCAAGAAUAGAGUGGUUUCCAAGAUGCAAGAUGACGAUCCGCAGGACAAGACAAAUCAGCCUGUCAGCAAAAUAAUCAAGCGGACCCGACUGAAAACGGUGUUAAAAAACCUGUCACUCUUGAAGCUACUCAAGAGCUCGAAUCGUCGGAUCCACGAACUGCAUUCCCUGGCCAGAAGGUGUUGGCGUUCGCUGCUCAGAGUUCCAAAGAUGCUCUGCAGCUCCUCUGGGGACAACGUCUCCAGUAAAGUGAAGCAAAAUAGUAAGGUGCUCCAGGAGGCAAAGUGCCCCAAGAAUAACCUGGAGUCUCAGAAAGCAGAGUUCACUGGGGAGCCCAAGGAGACAAAGCCCAAGGAGUGGUCAAAGGUGAGGAACAAGGCAAAGAGGUCACCUGAAGGAGUGCCAUCAGAACAGCAGGCGGAGCCUGAGGUCCCAAAGACAUCGAGGGGUCAUGACCUGAACACGGGGGCCCGGGGAAGGCAACCACCCACGGAGGGUCCCCGAGUCAUCUUCCUGAAGACCAACAACCAGAAAACGCCCAUGGGGGACAUGAAGCAGCUGGAUGUAGCUGACCAGUGGAUCUGGUUCGAGGGGCUGCCCACACGAAUCCACCUCCCAGGGCCCCGGGUGAUGUGCAGAUCCUCCGCCCUGCGCUGGGUCAAGCGCUGCUGCACCCGCUUCUGCUCCGCCUCACUCGAGAUGCCCAUGGGCUAUGCAUACAAGGUGGUGUGACCCUGGAUGGGAGCCAGAGGUGCAAGAAGAGGGUGGUGAUCGCUCAGUGAGCUGAACGGGAGGGAUGAGCGGGAAAAUUUGUGAGUCUACAAAUAAAAUCUCUCAUAUGGCACUGGAGAAUACUACCACUGGCUCUGCCUGUCUGAAGCUGGGCAAGUGCCCUGGGAAGAUGUGGGGAGGGAGCUGUGUGUCAGGACUUCAGUCAGGCUUCCCCCACACCCAUUCUCAGACACCCCUCCCCCCCAGUCUACGGAACAAAGAAGCAGGUGAGCUGCACCACGCCCCCAUCUCCGUGAGGGGGGCUCUCUUCUCUAUGAUGUCAGAGAAAGGGAACUUUUGCUGUGGGCUUCCCAGGUGCAAGGUGUCUCACAAUGGCCCUGUAAGCCAAGGGGACAGGAAAUCACACCACCCAAGACUGCGGAUGACUCUCCCUGGCUCACUCAGCUUCACUCAGCUAGAAGCGGCAGGAAGAACUCUGGCCGAGGUCUCCUGGCUGCUGCUCCCCAUUCCAUCUUCCCAAGAAAGGAAGAGGGCCUACCCAGAAGUCACCGGGUGGGCACCAUGCACGUGCACUGGGCCCUGACCAUCUCGUGACAAUAAAUGGGUGUAGCUGGACCUCCGAAUGGCAUCCCCAGUCCCACCCCCACCUGAGUUUCAGAUCAUGGAAAACACCGGGUCGGGCCGGGUCUGGGGGAGUUGGUACUGCGUCCCUACUGCUCCAGCGCGACAUGCUGUAUCCACUCUCAACCCAGUCUGGUCAUGGUCACUUCUGUCAGUAGGCUUCAUAGGGCCUGUACAUACGGCUUGGGAGAGGAAAAUCAGGGGCGCCCAAGCUUUGUCCAGAAGAUUAUAAUCCUCCUUUCUACCUGAAGGCAAGCUGCACGAGCCCUGGGAAGGGCCAUGGAGCUAUUGAGGGGCCAGAGCCCUCCCAGGGAGAGAGAUCUGUUUUGGAGAGAGAGAACAAUGUCAAGGACUCCCCCUUAAUCUGGCCCGCUCAAACCGCUCCUCCCCACUAGUGCUCAACAUAGAGACUAGCCGUCUGCAGCUGGCCCAGAGAGCCAUGCGGACCAGUACAUGCCUGCCCGUGCCUCUGUACGCACCGCACCGCUGUGGUUCAGCUUGGUAAGGCACUCUGCUGCGCACUCCCUAAAUACCCUGCGCUCUCCCUACCUACCACCUGCUCUAUUGCAACCCUUGGAUCUUUGCGUAGCAUUCCCCUGCCUCCACCCCAGUACCCUCAGUUCUAGCUGUCUCCACUCAGCUUGCUUUCCAGUCCAUAUCCCUAGUCGUCCCCACUUCCAGUUCCCCUGCUGGCUAUCAUCAAUCCCCUCAACAUUCAAAAAUUACCUCUACUCAAGCUUCUUUUCCAAGCACCUUCCAUUCCAUCAACCUUUUCAUGAACGCCUAUCCAGAGCGCACGAUCCGCCUGCGCUCAAGCCAGCGUGUUCCCAACAAAAAAUUAAAAUCCUUUCUAGUCUUUGUGAGAGCCUGGCCAGAAAAGGCCAAGUGGAGGAGGGAAUGGGGUGAGCUUAGAGAGACUGGCAACUGCUGCUUUGCACCACAGAUAAUGGGGGUUGGGCCCCUGGCUGCACAAGGGCAAUGCCACCCUACUGGGGGGCAGGAGGGUAGAGAGGAAGAGGGGCCAGGGACUCUGUGCCCAGGCUGGUGCCCAGGAACAAAGACCACAGGCUGUUCUGGUGAGUGAAUCCCAGCAGAUCUCUUCCAGCCUCAUCUCCACCUACCCUGGCAUUCAUGCCUCUGGUGACCUGCCUUCAGCAAUCCCACAAUCCAGGUCCCCCAUUACCAUCCUCUCUUUGUUAAACCACUUCAACCUAAGGCUUCACUUCCAGGCUCAGUAAGAUCCUGCUUUAUGGAGAAGGUCACUCCAGAAAUGGCUCCCUAGUGGUAAACUGGGUGGAAAAAUUUAAAGUGUUUGAAUCUGAGCUUAUAUUGGUUAGCUUUUUAACGAGUCACAUGGAUUAUCUGGGCUUAUUUCAACUGUUUGUGAAACAGGGAUACCAAUAUCAAUGCCAGUGGGUUUUAGGAGAAUAACGCUUGCUGUAGGUGAAAAUGGUUUGGCUCUCUGCCAUAAUAAAGCCUGAAGCCAGUAAUAACUCACUCUGUUUCUCACUUCUGAGCAGCUACCUAAUUGGCUGUCUUCAGGAGCCAGCUGCUUAACAAGCCAACAUUCACCACUUUUUUGUGUGUGUUUUUUUUUUUUUUU